AUGGAGCCCGGGGCGGGGGCGCCGGGCCGGCGGCCCCCCCACUCCCGGAACUUGCCAGACUGCGGCGACGAGGCUCCGCCAGGGCGCUUCCACUACUUUUCCAAUAAAAUGAUGUAUUUGCGCUACCUGUGCUGCUGUGACUGCGUGCGCGUGGCGCGCCCGUGGGCGUGGCCUGCCCGGCCCCGCCCCUGCGCGCGCCCCGCCCGGGCCUUUGUGACGCCCUCGCCUCUGCGUGCUCACCUGGACGACGCCGCGCUCUCGCAGCCGGGACAGGUGCCUCGGUCCCCCGAAAUUGCAGGCGGACUUGGGGCGUCAUGGGGAGGCUCGCUGCCCGUGUCGUCCUCGUCCUCCUGGAAGCGCUGCUGCUGGCCCCGCUGCCCCCGCCCGCGCGCGGCCGCCCAGGACCCCGCGGCGGCGGCCACGCCGGGCAGCCCGCUGUCGCCCCCCGAGUACGAGCGCUUCUUCGCGCUGCUGACGCCCACGUGGAAGGCGGAGACGACCUGCCGGCUGCGCGCCACGCACGGCUGCCGCAACCCCACGCUGGUGCAGCUCGACCAGUACGAGAACCACGGCCUGGUGCCCGACGGCGCCGUCUGCUCCGACCUCCCCUACGCCUCCUGGUUCGAAUCCUUCUGCCAGUUCACGCAGUACCGCUGCUCCAACCACGUGUACUACGCCAAGAGAGUGCGGUGCACGCAGCCCCUGUCCCUCCUGUCGCCCAGCGCGCUGAAGGACGUGGACGCGCUGGUGCUGGAGAAGCCGUCCACCACGGCGGCCCCCGCCUCCCCGCCCGCAGCCCCCACGGAGCGCCAGGUCUUGCAGUCGUGGCCCGAGCGGCUGAAGAGCAACGUGGAGCAGCUGCUGCAGUCGUCGCUGUCGCUGGGCGGCCAGGAGCUGCCGGGCCCGCGCGCGUGGGCCUCGACGCGCCCCCCGACCCGCCUGCCCCCGGACGAGCAGCAGCAGCAGGAGGAGGGGGAGGAGGAGGAGGAGGAGGGGGAGGAGGAGGAGGAGGGGGAGGAGGAGGAGGAGGCGGGCCAGCAGGAGGCCGGGGAGGCGCUGGAGAGCCUGGCGGGCCUGCGGGCGGCUCGGGGGCGCCAGGCCGAGGCGCGCGCCGCCCACGCCGCCCACGCCGCCGCCUUCGCCGCGCACGUCGCGCGAGGCCGAGCCCGGCCGCUGCUCGCGCCCGCCGGCUCCGCCCUGGACGCCGACGACCCCGGCGACGCCUUCGACGAGGCCUACUGGCGAACCCAGACGCCCGGCAGCCUCCUGCAGCUGCCGCACACCGAGGCCCUGCUGGUGAUGUGCUACGCCAUCCUGGAGAACUCGUGCGUGGUCACCCCCGCCGCCAGGGCCUGGAGCUACCUGGAGGAGGUGCUCCUGGGCUUCGGCAAGUCGGUACGACGGUGUUGUGACAACCUAGGGCGGCGCCACCCGGCCACGUGCAGCCUGUGCGCCUUCUGCUCGCUGAAGCUGGAGCAGUGCAACGCGGAGGGCGACCUGCGGCGGCAGCAGUGCGACAGCUCGCACCGCACGCCCUUCACCAGCAUCCUGCUCACCGCGCAGAGCAUGUCCGGUGGGCUUGCGGGCUCGCGGCAGGCGGGCGGCCACUUCUACGGGCUGGAGAUGUACGGCGCUCGCAUGGACUUCUGGUGCGCCCGGCUGGCCACCAAGGGCUGUGAGGACCCCCGCGUGGCCGGCUGGCUGCGGGCCGAGUUCCUCAGCUUCCAGGACGGCGACUACCCCACCAAGAUUUGCGACACCGAUUACAUCCAGUACCCCAACUACUGCUCCUUCAAGAGCCAGCAGUGCCUGAUGAGGAACCAGAGCCGGAAGGUGUCGCGCAUGCGCUGUCUGCAGAACGAGACGUACAGCGUGCUGACGCCGGCCAAGAGCGAGGAGGUGGUUCUGCGCUGGAGCCAGGAGUUCAGCACCUUAGCUCUGAACCCGUAUGGAUGAGCUGGGGGUCCCCCACCCCUCCGGGGGUCCCCCCACCUCCCCCCGCCCCCGCUCUGUAGCUCGGCUUCUGCAGCCGUGUCUUUUCUAUAAAGUGUAUACGUGUGA